CCUUGGAUCGAGCACCGCUUCCGCAAAACCACCACCAUAUAAAUAGCUCCCCGUAAGCGUAGAGACCCUCGUCGAACACCUCUCCCAUGGCGAACCUCAAGGAUCGCCUCCUCCCCCCUCGACCCCCCUCCACCACCGCCGCCUCGCCCAACGACGGCGCCGCCGCCUCCUCCGCCGCGGCGGCGGCGGCGCGGCGCCGUGGGGCGUUCCAUGGGAUGGACGCGCUAGGGCUCAAGAAGCGGGGGCAGAGCGUCCGCGCGUGGAUCCGCGUCGACGCGGCGACGGGGGAGUCCCACGUGAUCCAGGUCGACAAGUUCACGAUGAUGCGGCGCUGCGACCUCCCCGCGCGCGACCUCCGCCUCCUCGACCCCCUCUUCGUCUACCCCUCCACCAUCCUCGGCCGCGAGCGCGCCAUCGUCGUCAACCUCGAGCAGGUCCGCUGCAUCAUCACCGCCGACGAGGUGCUCCUCCUCAACUUCCCCGACGGAUUCGCGGUGCAGCAGUACAUCGCCGAGCUCCGCAGCCGCCUCGCCACCGCCCGCGGCGGCGACGGCGACGGCGACGGCGACGGCUCCCCCGACUACCUCCCAUUCGAGUUCCUCGCCCUCGAGGUCGCGCUCGAGGCCGCGUGCACCUUCCUCGAUGCCCAGGCUGCCGAUCUGGAGAUUGAAGCUUACCCUUUGUUAGAUGAGCUGACAUCCAAGAUUAGCACUCUUAACUUGGAACGUGUACGGCGUUUAAAAAGCAAACUCGUUGCAUUGACUAGGAGAGUCCAAAAGGUCAGAGAUGAGAUAGAGCAGCUGAUGGAUGAUGAUGGCGAUAUGGCCGAGAUGUUUCUCACUGAAAAGAAACAGAGAAUGGAAGCAUCAUUCCUAGGUGAGCAGUCUUUAAAUGGAUUUAGUAAUAGUGGGCCUGGCAUAUCAGUUUCUGCUCCAGUUUCUCCUGUUUCUUCACCACCUGAAUCUAGGAAGCUUGAGAAGACCUUUAGCUUUGCUAGGAGCAGGCAUGACAGUUUCAAGAGUUCGGACUCCAGCAUAAACAACAUAGAAGUGUUAGAAAUGUUGUUAGAAGCUUACUUUGUGGUCAUUGAUAAUACCCUCAAUAAGUUAACUUCGCUGAAGGAAUACAUUGAUGACACAGAGGAUUUCAUCAACAUUCAGCUGGACAACGUUCGCAAUCAGCUGAUCCAAUUCGAGCUGCUACUAACAACCGCGACAUUCGUGGUUGCUAUUUUCGGGGUCAUCGCAGGGGUCUUCGGUAUGAAUUUCCAGGUACCGUUGUUCGAAGAAUCAGGUGCGUUCCAGUGGGUGCUCAUAAUCUCCGGAGCGUGCGGCGUGAUUAUAUUCUGCUCUUUCUUGUGGUACUUCAAGCGCAGAAGGUUCAUCCCACUGUAAAUACGUCGGAAGGGAUUCUUCUCAGAUGCUUUGAAAUCUGCUUCGUGUGCAUCGUACAAAUGCUCAAGGUAAUUUUUUUUCUUCUAAUCUUUUUAUUUUUUUCCUGUUGUGUUCAUGUACAUAUCAUUCUUGUUGAUUCCCACAGCCAAUCAACUUGUGGGUCUAAAUAAUAAUAGAAGGAACAGGUUAAUUCAAAGUGUAUAUUGUUCUCCUUCGCUGUCGAAAAAUUGCUAGUGAACUAACAUGUUUCUUUUUUCGCAACCAACUAAAUUGGUGUAUAAGCAUUUUCUGCGUCUUUUAAUUCGAGUGGAACUUUUUUUUUU